CGAAGAAUACUGAAUCUGUUCUCUCCAAUCAACAAAUCCUUUCUUUGCUCAAUUCCUGCAGUCAUACUGUCCUGUUUUCAUUCCCUCUUGGAUCUUAGUCUGGAUACUGGGACAUAGUCCUAUCGCCAAACACGUAAACUCCCGACUACGCGGAUUGGAACAUCAUAAUCACCCGCCAGCAUGGACUCCAUGCGAUCGUUGAACACAUCGCUACCCCAUGCUUCCUCACCAAGGAAGCAACGCUCGCAGCCUCCUGAACACCUCCUUGCACAGUUUAAACAAGCUGCGCUCUCGGUAACAAAUCUUUAUAAGGCAGCAGCCUCGGAACACGACAAGGCCUACCAUGAGGGGUACCAAGAUGCUCUCGAGGAGCUCCUCAGCUUCCUAGAUAAAGAAAACCUUGGUUUGCAAGAUGGAGAGGGAUGGCGUGUACGGCAGUGGGCCACGGAGCGCUUUGAGGGGACAUCGGCAGCUACUGCUGCUAACGGCAGUGAGAGCGACGAUGAACACGAGGAGGAGAAGACGACACAACCGGAAACCUCGCCUACUCUAGGACGGAAAGCGACGCCAGAACUUCAACCGACACUGGAAGCGACUCUCAAUCCAUCACCAGCCCACACUCGAUCAGAAUCUGCCCCGCCGAUAACGGCUGCGCCAACAGUGGAGCCACCAACACAGAGGGACAACACCAACAUUGUGCAGACAUACUCGGUACCGCAAGCAGAAUUCACAUUUCAGUCGAAUCAUCCGCUUCCAACCGUUCAUGAUAUAGAUAUGGAUGCUUCUACGGACAAUAAUGGCACCGUGCACAUCAACGUCGUACCUCGGUCUACACGAAACGCACGUCAAAAUGCUCGAUCACUUAACCGGACAGGCUCAUCAUUAGGACCUGGAGCAGGUAUGAAAAGACGAUUGCCAAACUUUGACUUCUUCGAUCUAGGUGGCUUUAACGGCAAAGAUGGAUUUGGUGGACCUGGUGGCGGAGGCAAGCGAGGACGUUUCACAUAGCGACGUGCUGAGAAUGGCUCAGAUGGGCUGACAACGUAUUGCAAUUGCAUAGCGUGGUACGGUGCAUAGCAUUGAGGUUAUUUUUCCCCUGGGAUUUCGAGGAUGCAUGCUACAUAUACGACAUGAUCACGUCCGAGUAAUGUUCAACUUUCGAUACCCACGAACAAUACGGCAUAGAAUGGAGUUCGUAGUCUCUUUGGGAUAGAGAGUGGACGUCCAUAGUACAUAUAAGCUUUGAAAAAUAGAAACCAUUCGUAACUAGUA